GGGAGGUGAGACCCGGCUGCCCCUGCCCCACUGUCUGAGGCCCCGGCCUGGGUGCCCGCCUGGAGCCCUGCAUAGAGACAGGCACCCCCGCCCCCACCAUCACCAUGGAUCACUCAUUCAGCGGCGCGCCGCGCUUCCUGACCCGGCCGAAGGCCUUCGUGGUGUCUGUGGGCAAGGACGCCACGCUGAGCUGCCAGAUCGUGGGCAACCCCACACCGCAGGUGAGUUGGGAGAAGGACCGGCAGCCAGUGGAGGCGGGUGCUCGUUUCCGCCUGGCCCAGGACGGCGACCUGUACCGCCUCACCAUCUUGGACCUGGCGCUCGGCGACAGCGGGCAGUACGUAUGCCGCGCGCGCAAUGCCAUCGGCGAGGCCUUCGCGGCCGUCGGUCUGCAGGUGGACGCUGACGCCGCAUGCGCCGAGCAGGCGCCCCACUUCCUGCUGCGGCCCACGUCCAUCCGCGUGCGCGAGGGCGCCGAGGCCACCUUCCGCUGCCGCGUGCGCGGCUCGCCGCCUAUGGCCGUUAGCUGGGCCAAGGACGGACGGCGCCUGGGCUCGCCUGACGCCCCCCGAGUGCGUGUGGAGGCGAGCGGAGAGGCCAGCGCGCUGCGCAUCCAGGCCGCGCGGCCGCGCGACGGCGGCACCUACACCGUGCAUGCCGAGAACCCGCUGGGCGCCGCCAGGGCUGACGCCGCGCUUACAGUGGAUGCGGACGCCGACGCGGCCGGCCCGCCCGGGGCCUCCACCGCCGCGCUCCUGGCGCACCUGCAGCGGCGGCGUGAGGCCAUGCGCGCCGAGGGCGCCCCAGCCUCACCGCCUGGCGCUGGCACGCGCACCUGCACUGUGACUGAGGGCAAGCACGCGCGCCUCAGCUGCUACGUGACAGGCGAGCCCAAGCCCGAGACCGUGUGGAAGAAGGAUGGGCAGCUGGUGGCCGAGGGCCGGCGACACGUGGUGUACGAGGACGCGCAGGAGAACUUCGUGCUCAAGAUCCUCUUCUGCAAGCAGUCGGACCGCGGUCUCUACACCUGCACGGCGUCCAACCUCGUGGGCCAGACCUACAGCUCCGUGCUGGUCGUCGUGCGAGAGCCGGCCGUGCCCUUCAAGAAGAGGUUGCAGGACCUGGAGGUGCAGGAGAGGGAAUCGGCCACCUUCCAGUGUGAGGUGCCGCUGCCGGCCACGGAGGCCGCGUGGUUCAAGGAGGAGACGCGGCUGCGGGCGAGCGCCAAGUACGGCAUCGAGGAGGCGGGCACGGAGCGCAGGCUGACGGUGCGCAACGUCUCGGCCGACGACGACGCCGUGUACAUCUGCGAGACUGCCGAGGGCAGCCGCACGGUGGCCGAGCUGGCGGUGCGAGGCAACCUCACCCGAAAGCUCCCGAGGAAGACAGCGGUGCGAGUGGGGGACACAGCCAUGUUCUGCGUGGAGCUGGCCAGGCCCGAGGGCCCCGUCCACUGGCUGCGGAACCAGGAAGAGGUGGUGGCCGGGGGCCGCGUGGCCAUCACUGCAGAAGGCACGUGCCACACGCUCACCAUCUCCCAGUGCAGCCUGGAGGACGUGGGCGAGGUGGCCUUCGUGGCUGGGAACUGCUGGACGUCCACCCAGUUCUACGUGUCAGCCCCCAGGAAGCUGCCCCUGCAUGCCCCUGAGGCCCCGGUGGUGAAGGCCAGGACGGAGAGCUCCGUGACCCUUGGCUGGUCCCCACCGCCCUGUGGGGACCGCCCUGUCUCCAUCGACGGCUAUCUGGUAGAGAAAAAGCGACUUGGUGCCUACACUUGGAGCCGGUGCCACGAGGCUGAGUGGGUGGCCACGCCCGAGCUGACCGUGGGCGGUGUGGCCGAGGAGGGGGACUUCCAGUUCCGGGUGUCAGCUGUGAACAGCUUUGGCCAGAGCUCCUACCUCCAGUUCCCUGGAACGGUCCACUUGGCCCCCCAGCUGGCCGUGAAGACGCCUCUGAAGGCAGUAGAGGCGGUGGAGGGCGGUGAGGUGACCUUCUCCGUGGACCUCACUGUGGCCUCGGCGGGCGAGUGGUUUCUGGACGGGCAGGCCCUGAAAGCCAGCAGUGUGUAUGUAAUCCGAUGCGACGGCACCCGGCACGUUCUCACCAUCCGCUCCGUGCCCGCCAGCCUGCAUGGCUCUGAGCUCAAGUUCGUGGCCGACGGCAUUGAAAGCAGCAUCCGCAUGGAGGUCCGAGUGGCCCCAGGGCUGACCACCAAGCCUCCAACAACAGCGGCUCGGGAGGUGCUGGCCAGGCUGCACGAGGAGGCGCAGCUCCUGGCGGAGCUGUCAGACCAGGCGGCGGCCGUGACGUGGCUCAAGGAUGGCCAUGUGCUGCCCCCAGGCCCCAAGUACGAGGUGCAGGCAUCGGCUGGGCAUCGGACCCUGCUGGUGCGGGAUGUGGCACGAGAUGAUGCCGGCCUGUACGAGUGCGUCAGCCGCGGGAGCCGCAUCGCCUACCGGCUGUCCGUGCAAGACCUCACGUCCUUUCUGCACAAGGACACGGUGGGCGGCUGCGUGGAUGCCGUGGCUGGGGGUCCAGCCUGCUUUGAGUGUGAGACCUCGGAGGCCCGUGUGCAUGUGCGCUGGUACAAGGACGGCGUGGAGCUUGGGAGCUCUCGCCAGCGCUUCUCGCGGGAGGACGUGGGCACGCGGCACCGGCUGGUGGUGGCCUCGGUCACCAAGCAGGACGAGGGCACCUACUCGUGCCGUGUGGGCGAGGACUCCAUGGACUUCUGGCUGCGCGUCUCUGAGCCCACGGUGGUGUUUGCCAAGGAGCAGCCGGCGCGCAGGGAGGUGCAGGCCGAGGCGGGGGCCAGCGCCACGCUGAGCUGCGAGGUGGCCCAGGCCCAGACGGAGGUGACGUGGUUCAAGGACGGGAAGAAGCUGAGUGCAAGCUCGAGAGUGCGCGUGGAGGCCAAGGGCUGCAGCAGGCGGCUGGUGGUGCAGCAGGCGGGGCAGGCGGACGCCGGGGAGUACAGCUGCGAGGCCGGGGGCCAGAAGGUCUGCUUCCGCCUGGACGUCACAGAGCCCACGGUGGUGUUUGCCAAGGAGCAGCCGGCGCACAGGGAGGUGCAGGCCGAGGCGGGGGCCAGCGCCACGCUGAGCUGCGAGGUGGCCCAGGCCCAGACGGAGGUGACGUGGUUCAAGGACGGGAAGAAGCUGAGCGCGAGCUCGAGAGUGCGCGUGGAGGCCAAGGGCUGCAGCAGGCGGCUGGUGGUGCAGCAGGCGGGGCAGGCGGACGCCGGGGAGUACAGCUGCGAGGCCGGGGGCCAGAAGGUCUGCUUCCGCCUGGACGUCACAGAGCCCACGGUGGUGUUUGCCAAGGAGCAGCCGGCGCGCAGGGAGGUGCAGGCCGAGGCGGGGGCCAGCGCCACGCUGAGCUGCGAGGUGGCCCAGGGCCAGACGGAGGUGACGUGGUUCAAGGACGGGAAGAAGCUGAGCGCGAGCUCGAGAGUGCGCGUGGAGGCCAAGGGCUGCAGCAGGCGGCUGGUGGUGCAGCAGGCGGGGCAGGCGGACGCCGGGGAGUACAGCUGCGAGGCCGGGGGCCAGAAGGUCUGCUUCCGCCUGGACGUCACAGAGCCCACGGUGGUGUUUGCCAAGGAGCAGCCGGCGCGCAGGGAGGUGCAGGCCGAGGCGGGGGCCAGCGCCACGCUGAGCUGCGAGGUGGCCCAGGGCCAGACGGAGGUGACGUGGUUCAAGGACGGGAAGAAGCUGAGCGCGAGCUCGAGAGUGCGCGUGGAGGCCAAGGGCUGCAGCAGGCGGCUGGUGGUGCAGCAGGCGGGGCAGGCGGACGCCGGGGAGUACAGCUGCGAGGCCGGGGGCCAGAAGGUCUGCUUCCGCCUGGACGUCACAGAGCCCACGGUGGUGUUUGCCAAGGAGCAGCCGGCGCGCAGGGAGGUGCAGGCCGAGGCGGGGGCCAGCGCCACGCUGAGCUGCGAGGUGGCCCAGGCCCAGACGGAGGUGACGUGGUUCAAGGACGGGAAGAAGCUGAGCGCGAGCUCGAGAGUGCGCGUGGAGGCCAAGGGCUGCAGCAGGCGGCUGGUGGUGCAGCAGGCGGGGCAGGCGGACGCCGGGGAGUACAGCUGCGAGGCCGGGGGCCAGAAGGUCUGCUUCCGCCUGGACGUCACAGAGCCCACGGUGGUGUUUGCCAAGGAGCAGCCGGCGCGCAGGGAGGUGCAGGCCGAGGCGGGGGCCAGCGCCACGCUGAGCUGCGAGGUGGCCCAGGCCCAGACGGAGGUGACGUGGUUCAAGGACGGGAAGAAGCUGAGCGCGAGCUCGAGAGUGCGCGUGGAGGCCAAGGGCUGCAGCAGGCGGCUGGUGGUGCAGCAGGCGGGGCAGGCGGACGCCGGGGAGUACAGCUGCGAGGCCGGGGGCCAGAAGGUCUGCUUCCGCCUGGACGUCACAGAGCCCACGGUGGUGUUUGCCAAGGAGCAGCCGGCGCGCAGGGAGGUGCAGGCCGAGGCGGGGGCCAGCGCCACGCUGAGCUGCGAGGUGGCCCAGGCCCAGACGGAGGUGACGUGGUUCAAGGACGGGAAGAAGCUGAGCGCGAGCUCGAGAGUGCGCGUGGAGGCCAAGGGCUGCAGCAGGCGGCUGGUGGUGCAGCAGGCGGGGCAGGCGGACGCCGGGGAGUACAGCUGCGAGGCCGGGGGCCAGGAGGUCUGCUUCCGCCUGGACGUCACAGAGCCCACGGUGGUGUUUGCCAAGGAGCAGCCGGCGCGCAGGGAGGUGCAGGCCGAGGCGGGGGCCAGCGCCACGCUGAGCUGCGAGGGUGGCCAGGCCCAGACGGAGGUGACGUGGUUCAAGGACGGGAAGAAGCUGAGCGCGAGCUCGAGAGUGCGCGUGGAGGCCAAGGGCUGCAGCAGGGCGCUGGUGGUGCAGCAGGCGGGGCAGGCGGACGCCGGGGAGUACAGCUGCCGAGGCGGGGGCCAGAAGGUCUGCUUCCGCCUGGACGUCACAGAGCCCACGGUGGUGUUUGCCAAGGAGCAGCCGGCGCGCAGGGAGGUGCAGGCCGAGGCGGGGGCCAGCGCCACGCUGAGCUGCGAGGUGGCCCAGGCCCAGACGGAGGUGACGUGGUUCAAGGACGGGAAGAAGCUGAGCGCGAGCUCGAGAGUGCGCGUGGAGGCCAAGGGCUGCAGCAGGCGGCUGGUGGUGCAGCAGGCGGGGCAGGCGGACGCCGGGGAGUACAGCUGCGAGGCCGGGGGCCAGGAGGUCUGCUUCCGCCUGGACGUCACAGAGCCCACGGUGGUGUUUGCCAAGGAGCAGCCGGCGCGCAGGGAGGUGCAGGCCGAGGCGGGGGCCAGCGCCACGCUGAGCUGCGAGGUGUCCCAGGGCCAGACGGAGGUGACGUGGUUCAAGGACGGGAAGAAGCUGAGCGCGAGCUCGAGAGUGCGCGUGGAGGCCAAGGGCUGCAGCAGGCGGCUGGUGGUGCAGCAGGCGGGGCAGGCGGACGCCGGGGAGUACAGCUGCGAGGCCGGGGGCCAGGAGGUCUGCUUCCGCCUGGACGUCACAGAGCCCACGGUGGUGUUUGCCAAGGAGCAGCCGGCGCGCAGGGAGGUGCAGGCCGAGGCGGGGGCCAGCGCCACGCUGAGCUGCGAGGUGGCCCAGGGCCAGACGGAGGUGACGUGUUUCAAGGACGGGAAGAAGCUGAGCGCGAGCUCGAGAGUGCGCGUGGAGGCCAAGGGCUGCAGCAGGCGGCUGGUGGUGCAGCAGGCGGGGCAGGCGGACGCCGGGGAGUACAGCUGCGAGGCCGGGGGCCAGAAGGUCUGCUUCCGCCUGGACGUCACAGAGCCGGAGCCUGAGCGACCAGCCAUGGAGAGACCCGGCCGCAGGGAGCCUCUGGUGGUCAGGGAACAUGAGGAUAUCGUCCUGACGGCCACUCUGGUCACACCCUCUGUGGCCACAGUGACGUGGUUCAAGGAUGGCGUGGAGAUUCGCCGCAGCAAGCGGCACGAGACGGCCAGCUUGGGGGACACCCACACACUGACCGUGCGCGGCGCACAGACCAUGGACAGCGCCGUCUACAGCUGCCGCGUGGGCGCCGAGGGGCAAGACUUCCCGGUGCAGGUGGAAGAGGUGGCGGCGAAGUUCUGCCGGCCCCUGGAGCCCGUGCGCGGGGAUCUGGGCGGCACAGUGACGCUGGCCUGCGAGCUGAGCCCAGCGCAGGCCGAGGUGGUGUGGCGCUGCGGGAGCACGGAGCUCCGGGCCGGCAAGCGCUUCCAGAUGGCGGCCGCGGGGCCCCGGCGCUCACUCACCGUGUCGGGCCUGCGGGCGGAGGACGCGGGGGAGUACGUGUGCGAGAGCCGCGACGACCGCACCAGCGCGCGGCUCACCGUCAGCGUCCCCCGCGAGGUCAAGUUCACGUCCGGUCUGAACACCGUGGUCGCGGAGGAGGGCCUCGAGGCCACCUUCCAGUGCGUGGUGACCCCCGGUGACGCGGCGGUCACGUGGUUCCGGGACGGCGCCCAGCUGCAGCCCAGCGAGAAGUUUCUCAUCUCGCAGAGCGGCGGCAGCCACAGCCUGAUCAUCUCGAGCCUGGUCCUGGAGGACGCCGGCCAGAUCACCGCGGAGGCCGAGGGCGUCAAGUCCACCGCUGCUCUCCGGGUCCGAGAGGCUCCGGUGCUGUUCAGGAAGAAGCUGGAGCCGCAGACGGUGGAGGAGCGGAGCUCGGUGACUAUGGGGGUGGAGCUGACGCGGCCGUGGCCGGACGUCAAGUGGACGCGCAACGCCGCGGCCCUGGCACCGGGCGAGAACCUGGCCAUCCACGCCGAGGGCGCGCAUCACCGCUUGGUCAUCCGCAGCGUGGGCUUCGCUGACCGCGGCUUCUACGGCUGCGAGACGCCAGACGACAAGACGCAGGCGAAGCUCACGGUGGAAAUGCGCCAGGUCCGGCUCGUGCGGGGCCUGCAGGCGGUGGAGGCGAGAGAGCAGGGCACCGCCACCAUGGAGGUGGAGCUGUCGCACGCCGACGUGGAAGGCAGCUGGACGCGCGACGGCCUGCGGCUCCAGCCGGGGCCCACGUGCCAGCUGGCGGUGCGCGGCCCCACCCACACCCUCACGCUCUUGGCGCUGCGGCCGCAGGACGGCGGCCUCAUCGCCUUCAAGGCCGAGGGCGUGCACACAUCAGCGCGGCUCGUGGUUACCGAGCUGCCUGUGAGAUUCAGCCGCCCACUGCAGGACGUGGUGGCCACAGAGAAGGACAAGGUGACCCUGGAGUGUGAGCUGUCGCGCCCCAACGUGGACGUGCGCUGGCUGAAGGACGGCGUGGAGCUGCGAGUGUGCAAGACGGUGGGCAUAACGGCCCAGGGCGCCUGCAGGAGUCUCAUCAUUUACCGGUGCGAGCUUGGGGACCAGGGCGUGUAUGUGUGUGAUGCCCACGAUGCCCAGAGCUCGGCCUCUCUGAAGGUGCAAGGCCGCAACGUCCAGAUUGUGAGGCCCUUGGAGGACGUCGAGGUGAUGGAGAAGGAGGGCGCCACCUUCUCCUGCGAGGUCUCCCUCGACGAGGUGCCCGCCCAGUGGUUCUGGGAGGGCAGUAAGCUUCGGCCCAGUGACAACGUUCGCAUCCGCCAGGAAGGAAGGACAUACACUCUCGUCUACCGGAGAGUCCUGUCUGAAGACGCAGGGGAGAUCAAAUUUGUAGCCGAAAAUGCAGAAUCGCGAGCCCAGCUCCGAGUGAAAGAGCUGCCAGUGACCAUCCUGCGCCCGCUGCGGGACAAGAUCGCCAUGGAGAAGCACCGCGGCGUGCUUGAGUGCCAGGUGUCGCGGGCCAGCGCCCAGGUGCAGUGGUUCAAGGGCAGCGCGGAAUUGCGGCCUGGGCCCAAGUAUGAGAUGGUCAGUGAUGGCCUCUACCGCAAGCUCGUCAUCAGCGAGGUGCAGCCUGAGGACGAGGACACCUACACCUGUGACGCCGGCGACGUGAAGACCAGCGCCCAGUUCUUUGUGGAAGAGCAGUCCAUCACCAUCGUGCGGGGCCUGCAGGACGUGACCGUGAUGGAGCCGGCCCCUGCCUGGUUCGAGUGUGAGAUUUCCAUCCCCUCCGUGCGGCCGCCCAAGUGGCUCCUGGGGAAGACGGUGCUGCACGCGGGGGCGGAUGUGGGCGUGGAGCAGGAGGGCACGGUGCACCGGCUGACGCUGCGGCGCACCUGCUCCACCAUGACCGGGCCGGUGCAUUUCACCAUCGGCAAGUCGCGCUCCACCGCCCGCCUCGUGGUCUCAGACAUCCCUGUGGUGCUCACGCGGCCGCUGGAGCCCAAGGCGGGACGCGAGCUGCAGUCAGUGGUCCUGUCCUGCGACUUCAAGCCGCCCCCCAAGGCCGUGCAGUGGUACAGAGAGGACACGCCCUUGGCGCCUUCCGACAAGUUCAAGAUGAGGCUGGCGGGGCACAUGGCAGAGCUGCGCGUCCUGCGGCUCACGCCCGCCGACGCCGGCGUCUACCGGUGCCAGGCCGGCAGCGCCCAGAGCAGCGCCGAGGUCACCGUGGAGGCGCGCGAGGUGACAGUGAUGCAGCCGCUGGAGGACGUGGAGGUCACGGAAGAGGACCGCGCCUGCUUCUCCUGUGAGCUGUCCCACGAGGACGAGGAGGUGGAAUGGUCGCUCAACGGGACGCCCCUGUACAAUGACAGCUUCCACGAGAUCACCCAUGAAGGGCACCGCCACACGCUGCUGCUGAAGCGGGUCCGGCGGGGGGACGCGGGCACCGUGUGCGCCUCCUCCCCUAAGGUGACGGCUACUGCCCGCCUGGAGGUCAAAGCGAAGCCGGUGGUGUUCCUGAAGGCGCUGGACGAUGUGUCCGCGGAGGAGCAGGGCACGCUGGCCCUGCAGUGCGAGGUCUCGGACCCCCAGGCCCGCGUGGUGUGGCGCAAGGAUGGUGUGGAACUGGGCCCCAGCGACAAGUACGAGUUCCUGCGCACGGCGGGCACGCGCGGGCUCGUGGUGCACGGCCUGCGCCGCGACGACGCCGGCCUGUACACCUGCGACGUGGGCACGGACGAGACCCGGGCGCGCGUCAGCGUGCACGACCUGCAUGUGGGCAUCACGAAGAGACUGAAGACAGUGGAGGUGCAGGAGGGUGAGAGCUGCAGCUUCGAGUGUGUCCUUUCCCACGAGAACACCAGCGACGCAGCCGUGUGGACAGUCGGCGGGAAGACGGUGGGCAGCUCUGGCCGCUUCCAGGCCACACGCCAGGGCCGCAAGUACACCCUGGCUGUGCGAGACACCAUGCUGGGUGAUGCUGGGGAGGUGGUCUUCUCCCUGCAGAGCCUCACUUCCAAGGCUUCGCUCAUCAUCAGAGAGAGGCCUGCGGACAUCAUGAAGCCCCUGGAAGACCGGCAGGCUGCACCGGGCGAGGAUGUGGUGCUGAGCUGUGAGCUGUCGCGGGCCGGCACCCCGGUUCGUUGGCUGAAAGAUGGGAAGGCCAUUCGCAAGAGCCAGAAGUACGAGCUGCUCGUUGAAGGCGUGAGGGCCACGCUGGUCAUCCGUGCGGUCUCCCUCAAGGACUCGGGCGAGUACACGUGUGAGACGGACGCCUCCAAGAGCACAGCCAGUCUCCGCGUGGAAGAAACGGCAAACUGGUUCACGGAGGAGCUGGCCGACCUGCAGCUGGAGGAGAAGGGCACGGCUGUGUUCCUGUGCAAGACAGAGCGGCCCGCGGCUGUGGUGACCUGGCACAAGGGCCUGAUGGAGCUGCGCACCUCGGGGAAGCACACACCCAGCCAGGAGGGCCUGACCUUAAGGCUCACCAUCAGCGACCUGGAGAAGGCAGACAGUGAUACCUACAGCUGUGACAUUGGCCAGGCCCGGUCCCACGCCCGGCUCCUGGUGCAAGGCCAGAGUGUGCUCAUCACGGAGGACCUGGGGGAUGUGGAGGUACAGGAGGGCUCCUCAGCCACCUUCUGCUGCCGUGUGUCCCCUGCCGACUACGGUCCCGUCCACUGGUUCCUGGACAAGACCCCCCUCCAGACCAACGAGCUCAACGAGAUUGAGGCCCAGCCUGGAGGCUACCACGUGCUGACCCUGCGGCAGCUCACACUCAAAGACUCGGGCACCGUCCACUUUGAGGCAGGUGACCAGCGGGCCUCGGCUGCCCUGAGGAUCACAGAGAAGCCAAGUGCCUUCUCCCGGGAGCUCGUGGAUGCCACGGUCACGGAGGGGGAGGAUCUGACCCUCGUCUGUGAGACUGCUGCUCCAGACAGCCCUGUGUUCUGGACCAAGGAUGGGAAGGCGCUGCGGCCAUCGGCCCGGUGCCGGCUGACCUACGAGGGCUGCCGGGCCCAGCUGGUCAUCACUGGCACCACCCUGCAGGACGGUGGAUGCUAUAAGUGUGAGGCCACCGGUGCCUGGAGCAGCUCCAUUGUCAGGGUCCAUGCUCGGCCAGCGCAGUUUCGGGAGGGGCUGAAGGAUGUGGAGGUGCUGGAGGGUGGUGCUGCGACACUGCGUUGCACGCUGUCGUCGGUGGCUGCCCCUGUGGAGUGGCGCCGGGGAGACGAGGUUCUGCGAUCAGGAGGCAAGCACAGUCUGCGGCAGGAGGGCACCAUGCUGGAGCUGGUGGUCCGGGACCUGCGGCCCCAGGACAGUGGGCAGUACUUCUGCUGCUUUGGGGACCAGACAACCUCGGCCACUCUCACUGUGAAGGCCCUGCCUGCCGAGUUCAUAGGAAGACUGAGGAGCAAGGAGGCCACGGAAGGGGCCACAGCCGCACUGCACUGUGAGCUGAGCAAGGCGGCCCCCGUGGAGUGGAGAAAGGGGCCUGAGACCCUCAGAGCCAGGGACAGAGUCAUGCUGAGGCAGGACAGGGCUGUGUGUGAGCUGGAGAUCCGUGGCCUGGUCGUGGUAGAUGCUGGGGAGUACUCAUGCAUAUGCGGGCAGGAGAGGACGUCAGCCAUGUUGACCAUCAGGGCCCUGCCUGCCGAGUUCAUAGGAAGACUGAGGAGCAAGGAGGCCACGGAAGGGACCACAGCCACACUGUGCUGUGAGCUGAGCAAGGUGGCCCCCGUGGAGUGGAGGAAGGGGUCCGAGACCCUCAGAGCCGGGGACAGAGUCAGCCUGAGGCAGGACGGGGCCGUGUGUGAGCUGGAGAUCCGUGGCUUGGCCGUGACGGAUGCUGGGGAGUACUCAUGCGUGUGUGGGCAGGAGAGGACCUCGGCCACGCUGACUGUGAGGGCCCUGCCCACCAAGUUCACAAAGGGUCUGAGGAAGGAAGAGGCCACGGAAGGGACCACGGCGACACUACACUGUGAGCUGAGCAAGGUGGCCCCUGUGGAGUGGAGGAAGGGGCCCGAGACCCUCAGAGCCGGGGACAGAGUCAGCCUGAGGCAGGACGGGGCCGUGUGUGAGCUGGAGAUCCGUGACCUGGCUGUGGCAGACACUGGGGAGUACUCGUGCGUGUGCGGGCAGGAGAGGACCUCGGCCACGCUGACCGUCAGUGCCCUGCCUGCCAAGUUCACAAAUGGUCUGGGGAAUGAGGAGGCCACAGAAGGGACCACAGCCACACUGCGCUGUGGGCUGAGCAAGGCGGCCCCUGUGGAGUGGAGGAAGGGAUCCGAGACCCUCAGAGCCGGGGACAGAAUCAGCCUGAGGCAGGACGGGGCCGUUUGUGAGCUGGAGAUCCAUGGCUUGGCCGUGGGGGAUACCGGGGAGUACUCGUGCGUGUGCGGGCAGGAGAGGACCUCGGCCAUGCUGACCGUCAGGGCCCUGCCCGCCAAGUUCACAAAGGAUCUAAGGAAGGAAGAGGCCACAGAGGGGGCCACAGCCACACUGCGCUGUGAGCUGAGCAAGGCGACCCCCGUGGAGUGGAGGAAGGGGCCUGAGACCCUCAGAGCCGGGGACAGAGUCAGCCUGAGGCAGGACGGGGCCGUUUGUGAACUGGAGAUCCGUGGCCUGACUGUGAUGGAUGCUGGGGAGUACUCGUGCGUGUGUGGGCAGGAGAGGACCUUGGCCACGCUGACCGUCAGGGCCCUGCCCACCAACUUCACAAAGGGUCUGAGGAAGGAAGAAGCCACAGAGGGGGCCACAGCCACACUGUGCUGUGAGCUGAGCAAGGCGGCCCCCGUGGAGUGGAGGAAGGGGCCCGAGACCCUCAGAGCCGGGGACAGAGUCAGCCUGAGGCAGGACGGGGCUGUGUGUGAGCUGGAGAUCCGUGACCUGGCUGUGGCAGACACUGGGGAGUACUCGUGCGUGUGCGGGCAGGAGAGGACCUCGGCCACGCUGACCGUCAGGGCCCUGCCUGCCAAGUUCACACAGGGUCUGAGGAAUGAGGAGGCCACGGAAGGGAACAUGGUCACGCUGCACUGUGAGCUGAGCAAGGCGGCCCCCGUGGAGUGGAGUAAGGGGUCCGAGACCCUCAGAGCCGGGGACAGAGUCAGCCUGAGGCAGGACGGGGCUGUGUGUGAGCUGGAGAUCCGUGGCCUGGCUGUGGCAGACACCGGGGAGUACUCGUGCGUGUGUGGGCAGGAGAGGACAUCAGCCACGCUGACCAUCAGGGCCCCACAGGUGGUGUUCAGGAAGCCACUGCAGAGCCUGCAGGCUGAGGAGGGCACCAUGGCCAGCCUGCAGUGCGAGCUGUCUGAGCCCAGCGCCACCGUGGUCUGGAGCAAGGGCGGCCUGGAGCUGCAGGCUGAGGGGCGCCGGGAGCUGCGGCAGUGGGGCCACGUGGUGGAGCUGGUGCUGUGGGACCUGCGGCGGGAGGAUGCUGGCGAGUACACCUGUGCCUGUGGCUCCCAGGCCACCAGUGCCACCCUCACCAUCACAGCCACGCCCGUACGGUUCCUCCGGGAGCUGCAGGCCCAGGAGGUGGAUGAGGGCGCGACAGCACGCCUGUGCUGUGAGCUGAGCCGGGCGGGCGCCAGCGUGGAGUGGCGCAAGGGUUCCCUGCAGCUCUUCCCCUGUGCCAAGUACCAGAUGGUGCAGGAGGGCACAGCCGCUGAGCUGCUGGUGUGUGGCGCAGAGCAGGAGGACGCCGGCCACUACACCUGCGACACGGGCCACGCGCAGAGCACGGCCAGUCUCUUGGUCCGCGCCCCUAGGCCCACGUUCGAGACGGAGCUGCAGAGCGCGGAGCAGGAGGCAGGCAGCGUGGCCCGGCUGCACUGUGAGCUGAGUGCGGUGGAGUCUGGGGUCCCCGUGCAGUGGCUCAAGGAGGGCGUGGAGCUGCACGGGAGCCCCAAGUACGAGAUGCGGCGCCAGGGGGUCACGUGCGAGCUGCUGAUCCACAGGCUUGAGGCCAAGGACGCGGGCGAGUAUGCCUGUGUGGUGGGCGGCCAGCAGACCUUGGCCUCCGUCGUGGUCAGAGAGCCAGAGGUGACCAUCGUGCGGGGGCUGGUCGACGCCGAGGUGCAGGCCCACGGGGACGUGGACUUCAGCUGCGAGGUGUCGCGGGCUGGAGCCGCGGACGUGGAGUGGCGCCUGCAGGGCCUGCCGCUGCAGAGCAACGAGGUGACGGAGGUGGCGGUGCGGGGUCGCACCCACGUGCUGCGGCUGAGGGGCGUGACGCCCGACGACGCGGGCACUGUGUCCUUCCACGUGGGCCGCCACACGUCCUCUGCCCAGCUCACCGUCCGAGCCCCUGAGGUGACCAUCCUGGAGCCCCUGCAGGACGUGCAACUCAGCGAGGGCCAGGAUGCCCACUUCCGGUGUCGGCUGUCCAGGGCCUCGGGCCAGGAGGCCCGCUGGGCUCUGGGAGGGGUGCCCCUGCAGGCCAACGAGAUGAAUGACAUCACGGUGGAGCACGGCACGCUCCACUUGCUCACCCUGCACAAGGUGACCCUCGAGGAUGCUGGAACCAUCAGUUUCCAAGUGGGCUCGUGUAGCUCGGAGGCCCAGCUGAAGGUCACAGCCAAGAACACGGUGGUGCGGGGCCUGGAGAACGUGGAGGCGCCCGAGGGCGGCGAGGCGCUGUUCGAGUGCCAGCUGUCCCGGCCCGAGGUGGCCGCCCACACCUGGCUGCUGGACGACGAGCCGGUGCGUACCUCCGAGGACGCCGAGGUGGUUUACUUCGAGAACGGCCUGCGGCACCUGCUGCUGCUCAAAAACCUGCGGCCGCAGGACAGCUGCCGGGUGACCUUCCUGGCGGGGGACGUGGUGACGUCGGCCUUCCUCACCGUCAGAGGCUGGCGCCUGGAGGUCCUGGAGCCCCCGCGGGACGCGGCCGUGCCGGCCGGGGGGCAGGCCCGCUUCAGCUGCACGCUCAGCGAGGCGGUGCCGGUGGGCGAGGCCACGUGGUACGUGAACGGCGCCGCGGUGCAGCCGGACGACGCCGACUGGACGGUCACGGCCGACGGCAGCCGGCACGCCCUGCUGCUGCACCGCGCCCGGCAGCACCAUGCUGGCGAGGUCACCUUCGCCGCCCGCGACGCCGUGGCCUCCGCGCGGCUCAGCGUGCUGGGCCUCCCCGACCCCCCAGAGGACGCUGAGGUGGUGGGGCGCAGCGGCAGCUCCGUGACGCUGUCCUGGGUGGCACCUGCGAGCGAUGGCAGUGGCGGUCUCUGUGGCUAUCGGGUGGAGAUGAAGGCGGCGGCCACCGGCGAGUGGCGGCUGUGCCAUGAGCUGGUGCUGGGGCUGGAGUGUGUGGUGGACGGCCUGGCCCCCGGGGAGACCUACCGCUUCCGCGUGGCAGCCGUGGGCCCCGAGGGCACCGGGGAGCCCGUGUACCUGCCUCAGACUGUGAGGCUCGCAGAGCCGGUGGAGCCCGCGUCUGCGCCUCCCGUCCAGAGCCGGCAGGUGGCCGUCGGCGAGGAAGUGCGUUUGGAGUGUGAGGUGGCUGAGGCCGGCGAGGUCGUCUGGCUGAAGGGGGUGGAGCCCAUCCAGCCCAGCGAGCGCUUGCAGGUUCUCACCCAAGGUCAGCAGCAGACGCUGGUGAUCAGGGGCUUCUCCGUGGAGGACCAGGGCGAGUACCGCUGUGGCCCCAUCGCAGGACCGGCCUCCGCUGUGGCCACCACCUUCCAGGUGGUGCUGACCCCGGGAUCAGGGGAUGAGGCCCCGACGCAGCCCAGCUUGCCCCCAGAGGCGGCCCAGGAGGGUGACCUGCACUUGCUGUGGGAGGCCCUGGCCCGGAAGCGCCGCAUGAGCCGCGAGCCCACUCUGGACUCCAUCAGCGAGCUGCCCGAGGAGGACGGACGCCUGCAGCGCCUGCGGCAGGAGGCAGAGGAGGUGGCCCCCGACCUCUCCGAGGACUACUCCACGGCCGACGAGCUGACACGCACUGGCGAGGCUGAUCUCUCCCACACCAGCUCUGAUGAUGAGUCCCGGGCGGGAACUCCUUCCCUGGUUACCUACCUCAAGAAGGCCGGGAGGCCCGGUGCCUCACCACUGGCCAGCAAGGUUGGGGUCCCAGCAGCCCCAUCUGGGAAGCCACAGGAGCAGCAGGAGCAACCAGCCGCAGUGCGCCCACCGCCAGGAGACCUGAGCACGGAGGACCUGGGUGGCCCGUCCAUGGACAAGGCAGCCGUGAAAAUCCAGGCUGCCUUCAAGGGCUACAAGGUCCGGAAGGAGAUGAAGCAGCAGGAGGGGCCUGUGUUCUGCCGCACGUUUGGGGACACUGAGGUGCAGGUGGGAGACGUCCUGCGUCUGGAGUGUGUGGUGACCAGCAAGGCAGACGUACAUGCCCGCUGGCUGAAGGAUGGCGUGGAGCUGACCGACGGCCGGCACCACCACAUCGACCAGCUUGGGGAUGGCACCUGCUCUCUGCUGGUCACCGGCCUGGGCCAUGCAGAUGCCGGCCGCUACACCUGUCAGGUGAGCAGCAAGUUUGGCCACGUGGCCCACAGCGCUUGUGUGGUGGUCAGCGGGACGGAGAGUGAGGCUGAGAGUUCCUCCGGGGGCGAACUGGACGAUGCCUUCCGCCGGGCCGCCCGGCGGCUGCACCGCCUCUUCUGCACCAAGGGCUCAGAGGAGGUUUCAGACGAGGAGAUCUUCCUCAGCGCAGACGAGGGCACCGCGGAGCCGGAGGAGCCUGGAGACUGGCAGAGCUACCGUGAAGAUGAGCACUUUGUUUGCAUCCGCUUCGAGGAGGUUGCUGAGGCCCAGCGGGCGGCCGCCCGCUUCCGGGAGAUGUUCGGCACGAUGGGCAUCGGGGUGGACAUCAGCCUCUCAGAGCAAGGCCCUCAGGGGGUGGAGAUGCGCAUCGGAAAGGUGGCCCCUGCCUUUGCAGCUCCUCUGGAGCCAGUGCCCAGCUUGCUGACCGCGGAGGCCGCCCCUGUGUUCCUGACUGAGCUACAGAAUCAGGAGGUGCAGGACGGGUACCCCGUAAGCUUCGACUGUGUGGUGAUGGGCCAGCCGGUGCCCAGUGUGCGUUGGUUCAAGGACGGGAGGGUGCUGGAGGAGGACGACCACUACAUGAUCAGCGAGGACCAGCAGGGCAGCCACCAGCUCAUCAUCACGGCCGUGGUGCCGGCAGACAUGGGCGUCUACCGCUGCCUGGCCGAGAACAGCGUGGGUGUGUCUUCCACCAAGGCAGAACUUCGUGUGGACCUGACCAGCACCGACUACGAGACGGCUGCCGAUGCUACCGAGACGUCGUCCUACUUCAGUGCCCAAGGCUACCUGUCCAGCCGGGAGCAAGAGGGCACAGAAUCCUCAGAGGAAGGGCAGCUGCCCCAGGUGGUGGAGGAGCUGAAAGACCUCCAGGUGGCCCCUGGCACACGCCUGGCCAAGUUCCAACUCAAGGUCAAAGGCUACCCGGCACCCCGCCUGUACUGGUUCAAGGACGGGCAGCCCCUGACCACAUCUGAGCACAUCCGCAUGGCUGACAGGAAGACCCUGCACACCCUGGAGAUCGUCUCAGUCACCAGUGAGGAUGCUGGCCAGUACUCAGCCUACAUCAGCAACACCGUGGGCGCUGCCUACUCGUCUGCGCAGCUGCUGGUCCAAGGCCCCAACGAACCAGAGGAGAAGCCGGCAUUAGAUGUGCAACAACAGCUGGUGCCACCCCGCUUCCUGGAGAAGUUCACACCCAAGAAGGUGAAAAAGGGCGCCAACAUCACUUUCUCUGUGAAGGUGGAAGGACACCCUGCCCCGGCCGUGCACUGGCUGCGGGAGGAGGUGGAGCAGGGCGUGCUGUGGAUUGGCCGUGACACGCCAGGCUACACGGUGGCCAGCUCCGCGCAGCAGCACAGCCUGGUCCUGCUGGAUGUGGGCCGACAGCACCAGGGCACCUACACCUGCAUUGCCAGCAACGCCGCCGGCCAGGCCCUCUGCUCCGCCAGCCUGCACAUCUCUGGCCUGUCCAAGGAGGCCGGGGCGGCGGAGGAGCAGACCGGGGUGAAGGAGGCCCUCAUGUCCACCUUCCUGCAGGGGGCCCAAGCCGUCUUUGCACAGAUGUCGGAACCUGCAGGCUUCGCUGACCUUGCCGGGCAGAGGAAAGGAGAGCCCCUGGUGGCAGAGGCCCGGGGCCACCUGUCCCUAGCUGAGUUGGGCACGGAGGAGUUCCUGCAGAAGCUCACCUCGCAGAUCACGGAGAUGGUGUCGGCCAAGAUCACUCAAGGCAAGCUGCAGGUGCCGGGAGGUGACAGCGACGAGGAGUCCAAGACGCCGUCUGCGUCCCCGCGGCACGGCCGUUCGCGUCCCUCCUCCAGCGUCCAGGAGUCAUCCUCAGAAUCGGAGGACGGGGACUCCCGGGGCGAGAUCUUUGACAUCUACGUGGUCACGGCUGACUAUGUGCCCCUGGGUGCUGAGCAGGACGCCAUCUCGCUGCGGGAGGGCCAGUACGUGGAGGUGCUGGACUCAGCCCACCCGCUGCGCUGGCUUGUGCGCACCAAGCCCACCAAGUCUAGCCCCUCGCGGCAAGGCUGGGUUUCCCCCGCCUACCUGGACAGGCGGCUCAAGCUGUCACCCGAGUGGGGGCCUGCCGAGGGCCCUGAGUUCCCUGGGGAGGCUGUGUCUGAGGACGAGUACAAGACGAGGCUGAGCUCCGUCAUCCAGGAGCUGCUGAGCUCGGAGGAGGCCUUUGUGGGCAGGCUGCAGUUCCUGCAGAGCCACCACAUGCGGCACCUGGACCGCUGCCCCCACGCACCCCCCGCCGUGGCCAGCCAGAAGGCGGUCAUCUUCCGAAACGUGCAGGACAUUAGCCACUUCCACAGCAGCUUCCUGCGGGAGCUGCAGAGCUGCGACACGGACGAUGACGUGGCCAUGUGCUUCAUCAAGAACCAGGCGGCCUUUGAGAAGUAUCUGGAGUUCUUGGUGGGCCGGGUGCAGGCCGAGGCGGUGGUGGUCAGCACGGCCGUGCAGGAGUUCUACAAGAAAUACGCCGAGGAGGCGCUGUCGGCCGCAGACCCCUCGCAGCCGCCCCCGCCUCCCCUGCAGCACUUCCUGGAGCAGCCGGUGCAGCGGCUCCAGCAGUACCAGGCCCUGCUCAAGGAGCUGAUCCGCAACAAGGCGCGGAACGGGCAGAACUGUGCACUGCUGGAGCAGGCCUAUGCGGUGGUGUCAGCCCUGCCCCAGCGUGCCGAGAACCAGCUGCACGUGUCGCUCAUGGAGAACUACCCAGGCACCCUGGAGGCCCUGGGCGAGCCCAUCCGCCAGGGCCACUUCAUCGUAUGGGAGGGGGCGCCGGGUGCACGGAUGCCCUGGAAGGGCCACCACCGGCACGUCUUCCUGUUCCGCCACCACCUGGUGGUCUGCAAGCCCAGGCGUGACUCGCGCACCGACACCUUCAGCUACGUCUUCCGGAACAUGAUGAAGCUGAGCAGCAUCGACCUGAAUGACCAGGUGGAGGGGGAUGACCGCGCCUUCGAGAUCUGGCACGAGCGGGAGGACUCGGUGCGCAAGUACCUGCUGCAGGCGCGGACGGUCAUCGCCAAGAACUCCUGGGUGAAGGAGAUUUGCGGCAUCCAGCAGCGCCUGGCCCUGCCCGUCUGGCGUCCCCCAGAUUUCGAAGAGGAGCUGGCUGACUGCACGGCUGAGCUGGGUGAGACGGUCAAGCUGGCCUGCCGUGUGACGGGCACACCCAAGCCCAUCGUCAGCUGGUACAAAGAUGGGAAGCCGGUGGAGGUGGACCCCCACCACAUCCUCAUCGAAGACCCCGAUGGCUCAUGUGCCCUCAUCCUGGACAAUCUCACCGCUGUGGACUCCGGCCAGUACAUGUGCUUCGCAGCCAGUGCUGCCGGCAACGCCAGCACCCUCGGCAAGAUUCUGGUGCAAGUUCCCCCGCGGUUUGUGAACAAGGUCCGGGCGGUGCCCUUUGUGGAGGGAGAGGACGCCCAGGUCACCUGCACCAUUGAAGGUGCCCCGCACCCUCAGAUCAGGUGGUACAAGGAUGGAGCCCUCCUGAGCCCCGGGGGCAAGUUCCAGACCCUGAGUGAUGCCCGCAGUGGCCUGCUGGUGCUGGAGAUCCGGGGGGCUGGCAAGGAGGACCUGGGCCACUACGAGUGUGAGUUGGUGAACCGGCUGGGCUCCACCCGGGGCGGGGCAGAGCUGUCCAUGCAGAGCCCGGCGCUGCGGGCCCGGGAACAGCGCCGCAGGGAGCAGCUGGCCGCUGCGGUGGAAGACACCACCCUGGAACGAGCAGAGCAGGAGAUCACGUCUGUCCAGAAGACACUGGUGUGCCCCGAGGCUCUGGGACCUUCUGCAGGGGACCAUGCUGGCCCGGGCUCUGGCCCUGGGGGGCCACCGGAACUGCAGGAUGCUGGUCCCCAGCCCCCAGGCAUGGAGGCUGCAGACGCAUCCGCUGAGCCCCCGCUGAAGGUGCCGCAGCCCCUCCCCGACGCGGGCCUGGAGCAGGACUCGGGGCCCCAUGCCGCGGCCCAGGGACGCAUUGUGCCCAUCCGGAUGGAGGGUGCGGCCUGGCCGGGGGCUGGCGCAGCGCAGCUCUGGGACGUCCACAGCCACGUGUUCACGGAGACCACGCACCGGACUUACGUGUACCAGACCAGGGACAUGGGUGCCACAAGGCCCCCGUCCAUGCAGGUCACCAUCGAGGACGUGCAGGCACAGAGGGGCGGCACCGCGCAGUUCCAGGCGGUCAUCGAGGGCAGCCCGCAGCCCACAGUGACCUGGUACAAGGACAGCGCCCAGCUGGUGGACGACACCCGGCUCAGCCAGCAGCAGGAAGGGACCACGUACUCCCUCGUGCUGAGGGACGUGGCCCAGCACGACGCCGGCGUCUACACCUGCCUGGCCCGCAACCCCGGGGGCCAGGUUCUGUGCAAGGCGGAGCUGCUGGUCCUGGGGGGGGACGACCUGGACUCCGAGAAGCAAAGCUCCCGGAGGAGACUGCACUCCUUCUACGAGGUCAAGGAGGAGAUAGGAAGGGGCGUGUUCGGCUUUGUGAAGAGGGUGCAGCACAAGGGCAACCAGAUGUCCUGCGCCGCCAAGUUCAUCCCCCUGCGGGGCAGGACGCGCGCCCAGGCCUUCCGCGAGCGGGACCUUCUGGCCACGCUGAGCCACCCGCUGGUCACCGCACUGCUGGACCAGUUUGAGACCCGCAAGACCCUGAUCCUCAUCCUGGAGCUGUGCUCGGCCGAGGAGCUGCUGGACCGCCUGUUCAAGAAGAGCGUGGUGACCGAGGCCGAGGUCAAGGUCUACAUCCAGCAGCUGGUGGAGGGGCUGCAGUACCUGCACAGCCAGGGCAUCCUCCACCUCGACAUAAAGCCGCCCAACAUCCUGAUGGUGCAUCCUGCCCGGGAAGACAUUAAAAUCUGUGACUUUGGCUUUGCCCAAAAAAUCACCCCGGCAGAGCCGCAGUACAGCAAGUAUGGCUGCCCUGAGUUUGUGUCCCCCGAGAUCAUCGAGCAGACCCCUGUGAGCGAGGCCUCCGACAUCUGGGCCAUGGGGGUCAUCUCCUACCUCAGCCUGACCUGCUCGUCCCCGUUCGCUGGUGAGAGUGACCGAGCCACCCUCCUGAACGUGCUGGAGGGGCGGGUGUCCUGGAGCAGCCCAAUGGCUGCCCACCUCAGCGAGGAUGCCCAAGACUUUAUCAAGGCUGCCCUGCAGAGGGCCCCAGAGGCUCGCCCCAGUGCCUCCAGGUGCCUCGCCCACUCCUGGUUCCUGAAGUCCCUGCCCGCCGAGGAGGCCCACUUCAUCAACACCAAGCAGCUGAAGUUCCUCCUGGCCCGCAGCCGCUGGCAGCGCUCCCUGAUGAGCUACAAGUCCAUCCUGGUGAUGCGCUCCAUCCCCGAGCUGCUCCAGGGCCCACCGGACAGCCCGUCCCUCGGGGUGGCCCGGCACCUGUGCAGUCAGGCCAGCGCCUCCUCCAGCAGCUCUUCCUCCUCCUCGGACAACGAGCUGGCGCCCUUCGCCCGGGCCAAGUCGCUACCGCCCUCCCCAGUGACCCACUCCCCGCUGCUGCACCCCCGGGGCUUCCUGCGGCCGUCGGCCAGCCUACCCGAGGAGGCCGAGGCCUGCCCGCCCGCCGAGGCUGCGCCCCUGCCUGCCUCAGCCCAGGGCGCAGAGCCGCCGGCCGCCCCGGGCUGCGUGCCUCGGCAGAGCGUCAUCCGCAGCCUGUUCUACCAGCAGGCGGGCGAGGGCCCGGAGCGCGGGGGCCCGGCCGCAGGUGGCAGGCGGCACCCGGCCCGGCGGCGGCACCUGCUCAAGGGCGGCUACUUCGCCAGCGCCCUGCCUGGCCUGCGUGAGCCGCUGCUGGAGCACCGUGCGCUAGAGGAGGCGGCUGCCCGGGAGGAGCAGGCCGCCGUGCUGGCCAAAGCGCCCUCCUUCGAGACGGCCCUGCGGUUGCCCGGUGCCAGCACCCGAGGGGCCCCUAGCCGCAGCCGCUCCCUGGACCUCGACCGGCCCCACGCCGCCAGCCUGUCUACCGAGUCCUGCCCAGAGGGACAGUGUCCCACCCCCACCCCUGCCACCACCACCACCCCCUCGGGCCUCCUGGAGGCCCCAGGGCAGGGCUCGCCCCGAGCGGGUGCCCGUGGCAGGGAGAGGGAGCGUCCAGAGGGGUCCCUGCAGGGGCCGAGACUGUUUCCCUCCACCAGUGGCGACGUAGCCCCCACUCAGCAAGAGGGGUGGUCCCAGGACAGCUGUGGGGGGCAGCAGGACCCUUUCUUUCACCCCCAGUGGGGUCCGGCCCCCCGGGAGGGCUGCAGGCCCCCCACGGCUGUUGCACCACAAACUCCUGGCUCCUUGCCUCCGGGGCCGGGCCUGGAGGCCCUGUCCACACCCCCAAGCCCCUUCCUUUCAGGGGAGCCUCAGGCCCCCCCUUCCCCAGCCCGAGCAAGCCCCCAGCCAGGCUCUAAGAAGGGGCUGGAGAACACUCCUCUCCCCGGGAGGCUGGGCCCCCCCAGCUCCCCAGGGCCAGCCUCUGCAGUGGGUUUGGAGCCCGGACUCACCCCGGACGCCGAGGACCUGGCCCAGGAGGCAGAAGACCUCUCUGACUCUGAGCUUAGCCCACAGCGGCCUCAGGAGCAGGCGACCACCCGGAAGUUCUCCCUGGGGCAGCACGGGGGCUACGCGGGGGUGGCCGGCUAUGGCACCUUUGCCUUUGGUGGGGACGCGGGGGGCAUGCUGGGGCAGGGCCCCCUGUGGGCCAGGAUGGCCUGGGCCACCUCUCAGUCCUCGGAGGAGCAGGAUGAGGGGGAGGCCAGCGCGGCGCCCCUGCCCGAGGGCGGCGGGGCUCCCCCGAGGGCCUCCCCAGAGCUGAUGUUGUGGGAGGGCGUCGGCGGGGGCUCCCAGGUGUCACUCGUGCAGAUCCGGGACUUGUCGGGUGACUUGGAGGCGGCCGACACUGUGUCCCUGGACAUCUCGGAGGUGGAGCCCGCCUACCUCAACCUGUCGGACCUCUACGACAUCAAGUACCUCCCGUUCGAGUUCAUGAUCUUCAGGAAGGUCCCCAGGCCACAGCUGCCACCCUCCCCUGCGUCGGAGGCCGGGGAGGAGCUGGCGGAGCUCCCAGAGGCCACGUGGCCCUGGCCUGGCACGCUGGGCCCGCCAGCCAGCCUGGAGAUCACAGAGGGGCCGGAGGACACGGAGGCCCUGCUCUGGGAGGCCGCCAGUAGCAGGAGGCGCAAGGGGUCGCCUCCCUCAGGUGGUCUCCUCCACUUGCCCAGGAGGCGCGCGGAGCUGGAGGAGCCCACAGAGCUGGGGCUGCGCCGGAGGGUGAGGGCCUCCGUGGCCCACAUCUCCCGCCUCCUGAGGGGCAGGCCCGAAGGUCCUGAGGAGAGUCCCCCCAGGAAGAAGGCAGGCCUAGCUUCUUUCCGGCUGUCAGGCCUGAAGAGCAGGGACCGAGCGCCAUCAUUCCUAAGGGAGCUGGCAGAUGAAACAGUGGUCCUGGGCCAGUCUGUGACUCUUGCCUGCCAGGUGUCGGCCCAGCCAGCUGCACAGGCCACCUGGAGUAAAGACGGGGCCGUCCUGGAGAGCAGCAGCCGCCUCCUCAUCUCCUCUACGCGCAAGCACUUCCAGCUUCUGACCAUCCUGGUGGUGACGGCAGAGGACCUGGGCUUGUACACCUGCAGUGUGCGCAACCGGCUGGGCAUGGCGGCCACCACAGCCGUGCUACGGAAGGCAGAGCUCCCUGCGUGCUCCCCGCGUCCGGACAUCGGGGAGGUGUACGAGGACGGGGUGCUGCUGGUCUGGAAGCCUGUGGAGGCGCAUGGCCCCGUGACCUACACUGUGCAGUGCAGCCUGGAAGGUGGCAGCUGGAGCACACUGGCCUCUGACAUCUUCGACUGCUGCUACCUCGCUGGCAAGCUUGCUCGGGGCGGCUUGUACACCUUCCGGACGGCCUGCGUCAGCAAGGCGGGCAUGGGCCCCUUCAGCAGCCCCUCGGAGCAGGUCCUCCUGGGAGGGCCCAGCCACCUGGCCUCUGAGGAGGAGAGCAGCCCUGCUCGGCCAGCCCAGCCCCUGCCCAGCACGCAGACCUUCGCCUUCCAGACACAGAUCCGAAGGGGCCGCUUCAGUGUGGUGCGGCAGUGCCAGGAGAAGGCCAGCGGACGUGCGCUGGCCGCCAAGAUUGUGCCCUACCGCCCCGAGGACAGAACGGCCGUGCUCCGGGAAUACGAGGCCCUCAAGGGCCUGCGCCACCCACACCUGGCCCAGCUGCAGGCCGCCUACCUCAGCCCCCGGCACCUGGUCCUCAUCUUGGAGCUGUGCUCUGGGCCGGAGCUGCUCCCCUGCCUGGCAGAGAGGACCUCCUACUCGGAGUCGGAGGUGAAGGACUACUUGUGGCAGAUGCUGAGUGCCGCCCAGUACCUGCACGCCCAGCGCAUCCUGCACCUGGACCUCAGGUCCGAGAACAUGAUCGUGACUGAGUACAACCUGCUCAAAGUAGUCGACUUGGGCAAUGCCCAGAGCCUCGCGCAGGAGAGGGUCCUGCCCUCCGAGGGGUUCAAGGACUACCUGGAGACCAUGGCUCCAGAGCUCCUGGAGGGCCAGGGUGCAGUCCCACAGACCGACAUCUGGGCCAUAGGCGUGACGGCCUUCAUCAUGCUGAGCGCCGAGUACCCGGUGAGCAGCGAGGGGACGCGCGACCUGCAGAAGGGCCUGCGCAAGGGGCUCAUCCGGCUGGGCCGUUGCUACGCGGGGCUGUCCGGGGGCGCAGUGGCCUUCCUACGGAGCACUCUGUGCGCGCACCCCUGGGGCCGGCCGUGCGCGUCCAGCUGCCUGCAGUGCCCGUGGCUGACGGAGGAGGGCCCGGCCCGCUCCCAGCCCGCGUCCGUGACCUUCCCCACGGCGCGUCUGCGCGCUUGCGUGCGCGAGCGCGAGAAGAGGCGGGCGCUGCUGUACAAGAAGCACCACCUGGCCCAGGUGCGCUGAGGCCCGGCCCCGCCGAGCGGGGGUGUUGUCGGGGUCGCCCUGCUCGGCCGCGCCUCAGCCUCUCCUCCAGGAUUCUCUGCAUAUGCCCAGACACGCCAAUAAAAAGCAGAACCG